AUGGCUGGCCCUUUGCUCGGGAGCGACGGUCAUGGCUCUCUCGUUCGGCAUGGUCAACUCCUUCGGCGUGUACCAGAGCUACUACGAGAACAAGUACCCCCACAUGAGCUCCAACACGCUUUCGAUAAUUGGGUCUCUGCAGGGCUGUCUCACGUUCGCUACGGCCCUGCCGUCUACCGUGGGGAUGUACUAUUUGGGACCGCAGGCCAUGGUGGGGGCUGGCGGGCUCAUUUGCAUACUGUCGUACAUGUUUCUGUCGAUCACGACGGCCCCGUGGCAGCUUUUCGUGGUGCAGGGCCUGAUGUUCGGCUUGGGAUCUGGACUCAUGUACGUGCACUGCGCGGGGGUGGUGUUCCAGUACUUCCACCGACGCAAAGCCAUCGCGUCGGGGCUGAUCACCUCAGGGGCCUCCAUGGCCGGCGUGUACUGGCCGAUCGGCGUGCGCGGACUCAUCAACAAGGUGGGGUUUGCGUGGGGGAACAGAAUCAUAGGGUUUCUGUACAUCCCGAUGGUGGCCUUUGCAACCACGAACCUGCGCCCGAGAGUGCCGCCGCCGCCGCGCAAGCCGGGCCAGAACGUGCUGCGCGUCAAUUUCAGAGUGCUGCUGAACUGGCGGUUCCAGGUUCUCAACGUGACUACAACGUGGCCAUUGUCAACGCGGCGACGCUGCUGGGACGCGUCUCGUGCGGCUACGUCGGUGACAAGCUCGGCAGAUUCAACGUGAUGAUCCCGACGCUCGUGCUCAGCGGCGUGCUGUCUCUGGCUCUGUGGAUACCCGCGCGCUCGUCGGCGGCGGCGCUGGCGUUCUGUAUUACGUGGGGGUUUGCCACGGGCCCGUUUGUGAGCCUGGCGCCGGCCAUUUUGGGCCAGUUGUUUGCGGACGAGCUGCCGUCGUACCUCGGCGUCUUCUUCCCUACAGCAUCGGUGGGCGUGCUUGUGGGGCCCAUCAUCGCGGGCACGUUCAUCCCGCCGGGCCACGUGGACACCGUGGAGGGCUUCGACAAGCUGAGUGUCUUUGUGGGCGUGCUGUUCCUCGCCGCAGCCGCGUCGCUGUCCGCUCUGCGCUUGGUCUACCAGCGCCGGCUGCUCGCGAAAAUGUGA